AUGAAUGUCGCUGAUUUCAACAAUAGGUCAAAGUCGCUCCAGUGUUUGUUGAUCGUUGUCUUGGUUACCAUUUUAUCGGCGCAGGCGCAGAAACGGCACGGGUCGGUGUAUCGUUCUGGCAAAGGGCACGGUGGCGGCCAACAUGUCGUGAAUCAGUACCCUCCCUUUCAGCCGAGUGUUGAUAUUGUCGGAAGCGGCAUCAACGGCCCAAGUUUCGGAGGCAGUGAUUCGGGAUACGACUUGGGCGCAGGCGGACCGGAUAUGGGAGUCAGCGGCCCGAGCAUGAUGGGAAGUCACGUGGGUGGAAAACUGUUCCGGUUGAGAGAAUUACAAAGCACGUGCGGACUACAGAGCACCAUUACGAUGACGGUAUUGAAUAAGUGUGAAACUUAG